UAAGUUUUUGCCAUCACUAGACGCCUACAAAUAAAAUAAAAUAAAAUUAAAUUAAAUUAUAAGGCAAAAUGACCUCAAACAGUAUGCCUGAAGAGAAUUUUGAAGGGGGAGAUUUCAACUUUGAGGACGAUGCCGAUGACGAGCAAUUGGUGGCAAAUUGCAAUUCUGGAAGGAAGCGCCUUUUUAGCAAAGAGUUGCGCUGCAUGAUGUUUGGCUUUGGCGACGAUAAAAAUCCCUACACCGAGACAGUGGAUUUGCUGGAAGAUCUGGUUAUAGAAUACAUAGCAGAGACGACACACCGGGCCAUGGAAAUUGGGCGGACCGGUCGAGUGCAAGUGGAGGAUAUCAUCUUUCUGGUGCGCAAGGAUCAACGCAAAUACGCUAGGGUCAAGGACUUGCUGACGAUGAACGAGGAGCUGAAAAAGGCGCGAAAGGCCUUCGAUGAGAUCAAAUACGUGGGCAACGAGGGAAAACUCAAAUGACACAGGCACAAGAAAACCAAGUCCAGGCAUACCCAAAGCCAGUCCUAGCGUUAAGUUUAGAUUUGAGAUAAAUGGUCUUUAAUACUGUAGCAAUAAAUUAAUCAAAAUAGUCUUCAAUGUCAA